AAGAGGUGGGAAAUUUUCCAACUUAUUAUGAAGCUGAAAUUGAUAUGGCGGGAAACCAAACCUAGUUAUUAGCCACAACACAAAUCCCCAAAUUUCAAUCCCAAUUCUAACCCUAAUUUCAAUUUCAAUUUCAAUCCCAAUUAGAAAUCGAAGAACAAAAUCUAAUGGCAGAGACAGAGGAUCUUCCCAAAACUAUCGUACGCCGUGUGGUGAAGGAUAAGCUAUCCACUUGCUCCGACGACGGCGACAUUGCCGUCCACAAGGACGCUCUUCUCGCAUUCUCCGAAAGUGCAAGAAUCUUCAUCCACUACCUUUCCGCUACGGCUAAUGAUAUAUGUAGGGAAUCAAAGAGGCAAAUUAUCAAUGCUGAAGAUGUUUUCAAAGCUCUUGAAGAAACUGAGUUUACUGAAUUUGUUAGCCCUUUAAAAGCUUCUCUUGAAGAGUUUAGGAAGAAGAAUGCUGGGAAGAAAGCAGCGGUUUCAAAGGGAAAAGGAGAUGAGAAGGGAAAUGAGAAGAAAAAGAAAAGAAAGUUGGAAAAAGGUGAGCCAUCUGAUAAAGGUGAUGACCAAUAAAAUGAAAGGAAUGAGGGCAAUUGUAUUACUCACAACUUAUCCAAGAUGUAAAACUUAGUUGGAUAAUAUACAUGAUUCCUUGUGGCUUCGAUGCCGCGUACCUAUCGACAAUGUAUUAAUGUCACAAAUAUAGCUUUCAUCCAAUUUUUGUCUGUAAAACACUGAUGGAAGGAAGUUUUUAGGAAAGAAUAUUGCAUCCCAAAUCUUGAUGAUUUCAUUUUUUUUCGCUAUGUGUGUGUUGGGAUAUAGAGGGUUGAACAUGAGCAUCAAUUAAUGUAGUAAACGUGGAUAAGGUUAGUUCAUUGAUUAUCCACUUCCCUACUUUUAUGAACAUCAAUCCUUUUAAAAACCUAAUGCAAAAUGGAUCUAUUUUGGUAUCA